AUGACUACGACCAAAAUCCCAACUCCCUCACCUCUCCCAGUCCUCACCAAACCCCCUACUCAUCAGGUCAAUAACGGCGCUCAGCCUACAAGAAAGGAGAAGAUUCCUAAGCCAAAAUUAAGACUGCGCCUACAAGACGCACGUCACCCCGCAGCUGCAUCCUUUUUCGGUCGCAUACCCGACCUAGAAGCUGUCCUCGACUCAGCCUUGACGGCAAUUGUUGAGCAACUAUACACUUCUCCCCGCAGACACCAUGAUAAUGGCAAUGAUGCACUAAAAGCAUUUAUCCCAUCAUUUGUCCCUUUUAUACCCCCUACUCGCUCCGUGACCAUCAUAUUGGAAGACUUUGAUGGCGUCGCCUACACCAACGGCACAGAUCUCGACGAUGAUCACAAGGAAAUUCAUUUCUCACUCUCAUACAUCGACCAUGUCUGCAAGAAUAACGCCCAACCUCUCGCGGAAUUAGAAGCCUCAGAUGGCAAUAAUAAUAAAGACAACAAUAAAGAUAUCCCACGACCUCCUGGCGGUCUUAUUGAGGGCAUUGCGGACUUUGUCCGUCUAAAAGCGGGUCUCGGAGCACUGCAUUGGCAAAAGCCCAAAUCUGCAUCAGACCGAGCGUCUGGUUGGGAUGCAGGAUAUCAGCAUACGGCUUAUUUUCUGGCGUGGUUGGAAGAUGUGCGUGUUGGUCAGGGAGCGAUUGGCAUGCUUAAUGAUCGGUUGCUGAGGACUGGGUAUCUGGGAGAAUUGGAGGAUCAGGAGAAAGAUAAGAAGCCAGGGUUUUGGAGGGGUUUGUUUGGUGUUGAGGUUGAUAAUUUAUGGGAGGAAUACGGUCGAUAUCUAGACAAGGAUGUCCGAGAAGGGAUAGAGUGA